AUGGCUGACGCCAGUGGAACCCUCAAAACGGUGACGUUGGGAGCAAAGAGUUCCUCCCUCUCUGCCUCCUCAGUACACGCAGUAUCUGCCGGUACUGCUCGGAUAUGUGUAGACUCGUCGGCACGCGAUCGUCUCGCGUCUUCGCCUCCCGAUGGGAGGUCUUUUUCGGCCAGUUUCCAGAUAUCCUUCCCUCGUUACUUUACCAUUGAGGAGACACGCGCUUCUCUUACGGUGCUCCUCAACAAGCUCCUUCUCUCCGGUCGUUCGGGCACGGGCACGGUCGUUGUCGACCUCAUUUCGGAUUUCCUAAAUUCUGUGCCUCCUCUGGGAUGCCCAGAUUUUGGGAAUGUUGCCGUCAGCCAUGAGGAACUGUGUAUAUUGGACAAUUCACAAGCUAGUUUGUAUGGCAUUUGCGCAGUUUUAUAUCACCAAUCAACAGCCUUGUCGACUAUCAUUGAUCCAGUUGCUGCAUUGUCAUGCGAGGCUAUCAGCGAGGCGGCCUUCGAUCGGAUGGGCUCGGAAUCAGACCCGGCUGAUUGGCUUACCUCCUCGGACUCGAGUGAUUGGCUUACCUCCUCGGACUCGAGUGAUUGGCUUACCUCUAAAGAGGAGAUCGAGGUUGCUAGGGUUAUGAGAUUAUUGCUUAAUGGGUCUACGUUGGCGGGUAAGGCACAGUGUGAGGCAUUUUGGUGCAUUCCCAUAGUUCAUGCAACAUUGAGAGAGGUGGUUAAAUCAGUACAGUCAGAGGUGCUGGUGAACCUGAAUUCCUCUGUAAUAAUACAGAAAGUUGGGUCUAGCGCUGAUGGUGCGGCAAAGGCCCUUGGGAAUAAGCUUUUGGAACUGGUCAAUGUGCUUCUGAGUAUCGGUAAGAGCUCUUUAUGCCGAGCGAAGAUGAAUUUAGAUUCAAUUGCUGCUGAUGCCCUGAAAAGCAGCUUAACCCUUAUCUUUGAAAAGGAGUGUGUGAGCAUGGAGGAUUUGGAUAAUGAAUUUAAGGUGCUGAUGGACGCAUUUAUUUGCAGAGACUAUGAGAUGAUUGUGCAUGAAUUAUAUAUGCUUUGUGGUUGUGUCUGGAAAAUAGUGGUUUGGGAGGUGAUUACUGCAUUUGUUGCACUUGAGGGAAGCGUAUUGUGCGAAAAGGGGAAACUUGAGGAAAUUACUGGAGUGCGAGCCGAUAAGACAAGUGAGAAGAAGGUGGUGCUGGGGAAAGGGACAACUGUUGUAAUGCAAUUACUAAAGGAUAGAAUUCAGAGGAAUGGAGAAACCGACGGCGAUAGUCCAACGCUACUGGAGAAACUUGUAAAAAGUUUAUUACUGUUCCUGGACAUGAAGGGUCCAGAAUUUGAUCAUUUCUGGAACAAAGUGAAGGACAUUGUGAACACUAAUGGAAGUAGCAGGCUACCGAAGCUUCCCAAGGGAACUCGUGAUUUUGCAAAUGAAGAAAUGGUAAUAAGAAACAAAGUAUUCUCCAUUGUAACAAGUGUUUUCAAGAAGCAUGGUGCCGCGGCCCUUGAUUCUCCUGCUUUUGAAUUGAGAGAGACUAUGAUGGGAAAGUACGGGAUGGACUCGAGGCUAAUUUGUGAUCUUGCUGACCAGGGUGGAGAGCUUUGUUCUUUACAAUACAACUUGACCAUUCCAUUUGCAAGAUAUAUGGCUAUGAAUGGACUUACUUCAUUAAAGAAAUACCAAAUUGCUAGAGUAUACAGGUGGGAUAACCCUUGUAGUGGUAGAUUCCACGAGGUUUUCCAAUGUGACUUUGACAUUGCUGGGCAACAUGUAAGGAUGGGGCCAGAUUUUGAGGUCAUACAUGUUCUUACUGAGCUGCUUGAUAAACUGAGUAUUGGAGAUUAUGAGGUUAAGUUGAACCACCAGAAGUUAUUGGAAGGUAUGUUGGAAAUAUGUGGUGUGCCGUUGGAGAAAUUCAGAACUAUUUGCUCAAGUAUAGACAAGUUAGACAAACAGUCAUUUGAGCAGAUUGGGAAGGAGAUGAUGGAGGAAAACGGUUUAACUGCUGCGAUGGUAGAAGGAAUUGGCAAUUUUGUAAAGGAAGGGGGUUCGCCUCUGGAGUUGUUGUCAAAGCUUCAAGAGAAGGGGAGCAAAUUUCUGGAAAAUGAAGGAUCUAUGCAUGCCCUGAAUGACUUGGAGAUAUUGUUCAAGGCCUUGGAAAAGUCAAAGUGUAUCGACAAAGUUGUAUUCGAUUUGAGUCUUGCCAGGGAUCUCGAUUAUUAUACAGGGGUGAUAUUUGAAGCAGUUUUUAAAGGGGCCACACAGGUUGGAUCAAUUGCUACUGGGGGGCGUUAUGACAACCUUAUAGGAAUGUUUGGUACAAAGCAGGUUCCGGUAGUUGGUUUUAGUCUAGAAAUUGAACGAGUAUUUGCAAUGAUGGAGCAACUUCUGAAAGAUCAGAAUCAGAUCAUUCGAGAUACAGAGACGCAAGUCUUGGUCGGAUUUUUGGUCGAUGACUUGCCUUUAGCUGCGGAGCUAGUGAGUGAGGUCUGGAAUGCCGGAUUGAAAGCAGAGUUCAUGGUAGAUAAGGAAUUGAUGAAGCACAUUGAUUAUGCCAAAAAUUCGCAGAUCCCCUGGAUGGUGCUGGUAGGCGAACAGGAAUUGAGUGAAGGUGUGGUAAAGUUGAAAGAUGUUGAGAAUGAGAAAGAGGAAUUGGUUCCUAGAAGCACAAUCGUUGAAGAACUUAUCAACCGUACGGGUGAGUUGUGAGAACUCAACAAGUGCUUCGUUGGCGUCGGA